UAGUCGCUCCAAAAUGACCCUACCCAUUUCCUUGACGCACCGGACGUGAAGCUACGUCUUCAGUGUCGCCAACGCCGCUGUGCCGACAUUUAAAAUAGGCUGAACUCGGUCGAGUCACAUUAAAGGACGGAUAUGACGGUUCAACAUAUUUUUUCUUUAAGUUAUUAUUUAUGGUGUGUUUUCAUUCUAUAUUGUUUAACAACACAGCAAAAGAUUCCGACGUGACUGACGAUAGCAUGCAUGAAGUAGAUUAUAAUUAAACAUCGUUGAUGUUAAAAUGGAAAAUAGGUUUUGUUAGCAUGUUAAGCUAAGCGAUUUCAUCAGAUAUCUGCGCUGCGCCCAAAGCGAGACCUGAAUUAUUGGAUGGAAAGUGCGAUGCAGUAUAAAUAUUGGGCAAAUGGGACAAACUAGGUAACGAGACAGGAUAUUGCAUUGUUCACGUGGGACAUGACUGUGUGGAGGGAUCACGAGAGAAUCACAGUCAGUUGACCUUAACGUCGGAGUAAAAACGUGUCUUUUGAAGAAGCACAAAUAAAGAGGACAUAGAGGAAAGUGCUAGCAAGGAACUGCGCAUAUUUUUACAAGCGUUAUCUGUACAUAUAGGCAACACACGCGUUAGAAAUACUGAUCAGCGGUGCGUGUACAAGCUUGUAUUUGACGAUAUUAAAUCGAAACGGCGUAAAAGGAAAUUACACAGCUGAAAUGGAGAAAAAUAAUACAAACCUAUCAAUUGCGUCUCUGGUUGAAACAUUGGACACACUGAAUGCCCGGUACGCUGCCGCCCUGACGCCGUUUGCGGCGAUUCUCGGAAUUUUCUGCGUCAUCGGUCUCCUUGGCAACAUUAUCGUCAUAAUGGUCUUCUCCUUUAGUAACGAAUACAGCAAUACGAACUUUAAGCUGUUCGUUUUAAGCCUUGCGGUCGUGGAUACGUUGUCAUGCGUCACGCUUAUGCCGGCUGAAAUAGUCAAGACGCAUCAUUAUUUUUCGUUCCCCGACUCUACACCGUGCAAAGUAAAAUGUUUCUUCAACGUUUUUGCAAUGACGGCAGCCACCUUGAUUCUUCUGGUGAUUUGCAUAGACAGGUACCGGAAGGUCUGUCAGCCACUGAAGCCACAGAUUCGACCAGGAUUAGCGUUGAAAAUUCUAGCUGCGGUUCUUAUAUUUUCAAUUCUGGUAUCUGUCCCGGCGCCAAUUAUGUGCGGUAUACAGGAGGUGGACAAAGAAAAUAUAUAUGGUACUAACACAGUGGUCUACAUUUGCUCGGCCGAGGAACAGUUCCAAAAACACAUAAUACGUUACGUUUACAAAUUCGGAAUGACUGUUCUUGUGGUGGGCGUUUCAUUGGCGUUCAUAGUAAUGUAUGUCCUGAUUAUAAGAACUGUAUUUCGGCACUGGAAUAGACGUAUGUCGGGUGAGACGAUUCGAUUUGAAGUAAAGAGCAGAUCGAACUCCGCGGAGAGAGUGGAAAAUUUUCGACUGAGUGGUACGUUAGAUGAUGUUUUUGAAGACAAUGAACCUCAUGCAAACGACGAGCUGAAAGAGAAGAGGCCAUUGAGUUGUGCACAAAAGGAGAAUGCGACGCCAAAAACUAAACUGACGGUCAAGGACCAAAGACCCCCUCGGAAGUCAAGCAGCAUAUCGAUAAGCAGUGCGACGGACAGAGCCAGAAAUGUCAGGAAAGUCAGCUUCAUGUCAAUGAAUCCAUCCGCAAUCAAGACACGGCCUAGUUUCCACAGAAGCAGUACCGACAGCUCCAUCCGGUCCGACACAUUACGUAGACGCUCGUCGUCGACAACAUCAGAAAAACUGCCGUACAAAACCAUGAUCUGGUUUAUUCUCACGCUAAUUUUUGUCCUCACUUUCAUUAUUCAUUCUGGACUGUCCUUUCUUACUACAAAGGAACACGUGUUCAAACCGCAAACUCUGUUUUGGUUUCUGCUGUUUUUCAGGCUUUACUUCGUGAACAACAUUAUCAACCCGAUGAUUUAUGCCUUGCUGGACAAACGCUUCAAAGGUUCUUGUAAGUCACUGUGGCUCAGGUGUAAACUUAAAAUGUCCAAGUGCUAAAGUUUCACGCAAGAAAACUGAAUAAACGACCCAAAAAAUAUUGCAUAAUAAAUCACAGAUUCAGUAUUUACUUACAACCGGACUGUUUUUUUGCUACAAAUAAUGACGAUGAAUUGUGGAAAUGUGUAUCUACAUUGUUCAUGAAAUUAAGUGUCUUAUUGCUAAAUGUUAUCAUUUCUAUAGUGUACAUGCAAUACAAUAUAUCAUGUCUACAUUGUAUCUUCAACUCACGUUAAUAUUUCUACAUUAAAUAUAUAAUUCCGUAUAUUGAAUUUAAUAUAUAAUUUCUACAAUGUAUAUUAAACGCAGGUUAAUCUUUCUACAUUGGAAAAAUUAUUUUUGGCAUGUAUUGAAGGUUGACAUUAAAUGCUUUAUAUUGAUAAAUGUAAAGAUUGGAUCUAAAAACUCCAGUAAAAAACAAGAAUAAAAUUAAAGAAAGAAAAAAGUAAACCUCAACUGGGCUCGAACCACUGGCCCCUGCAGUAAAAGUAUAACGCUUAGACCACUCGGCCAUCCGUGUAUAUAUACACAGAGUGGUGUAUUUUAUACUUUAUAUAAGCAAUCCUCGUAGUAUCACAAAUUAUAACGACAACAACAGAACUCUCCAAAUUAUUCAAUCGUUUCGCGUUGCAAAGUUAUAUAAUUUUCAUUUUUUAAAUAGUCAAAAGAUGCAUAUAAUGGAUACUUUAAAGCACGGUAAAUGUGCAGUAUUACUGUUUCCUCACAAUUUUCAUAGCUACAACGAAAAUGUGCGAAUCUGAUUGUUUUUAAUUUUGUCAAUUUGCCAAAACGUUAAAAGGCCCCUGUAAGUUCGCUGUAUCUUUCUACAUUGGAUAUAAAACACAGUUUAUAAUUGAUGCGUUGGAUGUUCAAUUAAGUAUAUCAUUUAUGCAUAGUAUAUAAACAUCAUUGCUACAUUGUAUACGAUGAUUGCAAAUCAUUCUUAUUUUGGUAUUGAUUAUGGGGUAAUUAUGUACAAAUGAACGACUACCCUAAUACUGUAAAAGUGUGCAUUCCAAAACAAGAAAUAGGAACAAUUAACUAGCGCAUAAAAGUAUGCAUUUAAGAAAUAAAACGUAAGUUGCAGACAAAAAUAAAACAACACUGAAUUCUGUCAAUUUUACUUCUAUGUCAAUUCGAAUUGCUAGGAAUAAGUUUACAUCAAUUGCUUUCGAUUUUGUUUUAUUCACAAACUGAAAAGAAUGAAUUCGAAACUUAGUUUUUCUAUAAAAUGCGAGUUUGGGAGUCUUGUCUUGCUCCCGUUGGUUGAUAUUAUUCAUAUAAUUUAACCAUAGAAAUGAUUUGCAUAGUAUGAAAUAAGGUAGAAUAAUACCAUGUUCAUAAAUGAUAUUGAUUAUAAUGUUUAUGUUUAUAAUAUAUAUGUGUGUAUGUAUUUGUAUGUAUAUAAAGCGAAUAACCGUUUACUGGCCAUCCUAUUGUAAUAU